CGUCUGUACUCAAAAUCGUGCUCUUGCUCAAAAGCAGAUCUGCAUGUGUCAAGUCGGAAGAGUGUGUUCAAAUUUUGACUGAUUGAAGCCUAUAUCAUGAGACAAAAAUGAAGUUCGUGGCAAAUGUAGAAAUAAAUCACCGGCUUGCAGCGUCGUAUAGCAUGCCGAAGAGACGUGCACAAAGAUCAGUAUUGGCUUUCGGCACAAAACCGGGAUAUCCGAAUGAAUUGGUACUUGUUCACCAGUCAAAUCAGAAUAGUUUGGGAACAGUAUACAAGGUGAAAGACAAUAUUGAGAAAGUCUUUGACAAGUAUGCCAAAGACGGAAAAACUACAAUACGCUUCAAAGAACCUCCUCACGAUGUGAUAAUUAAUUGUGAAGCAUCUGCUUUAGAACGAUUCCUUGCAGCAUUGAAGAUGGGUCUUCGAAAAAAUGUAUGUACAAAAUCACUGAAGCUACCAGUCGUUGGUAGUGAACCGCUGAAGAAGGUACCACCCAAACCGAAACAACAUCUAAUAUACAAUUCCAGUGCUGACUACCCAACAAGUGAAGGAUUUCCCAAAACAGCAAUUAGCAUAGCAAUCAAUGGACUCGAAAGAACAAGAUUUGACAUGCGACUCUUGGGUCUUCCAUUUUUACAGGUGCUGAAUCUGAGUAAUAAUAAAUUGUUAAUGCUCCCACCGGAGAUUGAUCUGUUGCCAUUACUGGUCAAGUUGUCUGUGGCUCACAAUCAAUUUGGUGCAGCUAGAAAUUUGUCCUCUUGGUCAUGGUUGCAUGGGGAACGAUUGGCUCGUCGACUGAAAGAUCUGGAUCUCAGUGGAAACGAGAUAUCUUUCCUGCCUCCUGCUGUGUGUAAUCUUAGGGCCUUGGAGACAUUAAAUGUAAAGAAUAACAAGCUGACAGUGCUUCCAGGUGCACUUGGCACUCUCAAAUGCCUCAAAACCUUUAUAGCCUCUGACAACCAAUUGGAGUUCCUUCCUGGAUCUAUUAAGCUUUUGAAACUUUGGUUUUUGGAUGUCACAGAUAAUCCUUUUGUGUUCAGAACACCGAGAUCUGUGCGCUUGGAAUACAAAACACCUUCUUUGUUGGAGUGGGCUGCACGAUGUGUUAUCAAUAAUAGGGUGAGACAUUUGUGUUUAUUGUUAGUUGACCAAAAUUUGAGAGUAAGGAAUAUUACUGGU